ACCCUGCAUUCACUAUAUCUGGUCUCCCCGGACCCUGCAUUCACUAUAUCUGGUCUCCCCAGACCCUGCAUUCACUAUAUCAGGUCUCCCAAGACCCUGCAUUCACUAUAUCUGGUCUCCCAGGACCCUGCAUUCACUAUAUCUGGUCUCCCCGGACCCUGCAUUCACUAUAUCUGGUCUCCCAGGACCCUGCAUUCACUAUAUCUGGUCUCCCCGGACCCUGCAUUCACUAUAUCUAGUCUCCCUGGACCCUGCAUUCACUAUAUCUGGUCUCCCAGGACCCUGCAUUCACUAUACCUGAUCUCCCCGGACCCUGCAUUCACUAUAUCUGAUCUCCCAGGACCCUGCAUUCACUAUAUCUGGUCUCCCCGGACCCAGCAUUCACUAUAUCUGGUCUCUCCGGACCCUGCAUUCACUAUAUCUGGUCUCCCCGGACCCUGCAUUCACUGUAUCUGGUCUCCCCGGACCCUGCAUUCACUAUAUCAGGUCUCUCAGGACCCUGCAUUCACUAUAUCUGGUCUCCCCGGACCCUGCAUUCACUAUAUCUGGUCUCCCCGGACCCUGCAUUCACAAUAUCCAGUCUCCCACAGUACACAGAACAUGAAAAUGCAAUUAUUUUAGUAAAUAUAAACUGCUAAAUACCUUUUCUCAUCAGCAGUUACAGCAGUCUUGUGACUUCUAGCAGUGUUCAGCAGAGCACUGGUUAAAGCUUGUAGGAGGAGCUUUAAUUAUCCCCUGAUUGUUUUAUGAGGCUGUAGGACCCUUGACCUCUGUCUGGACAGUGCUGAUUGGCCCUAUGCUGAUCACAUGCACUCUCCCAAGAGAAAAAAAAAAACUAUCUAGCAACACACACCAAACUGAGCAUGUGCAAAGCCCCAAGGCUCUGUUCUAUCAGCAGACGGAUUGGGGACCGUGGAAGAAGGGGAGAAUCAGAGAAGACAGGAUCGAACAGCCUUUUUACACAAUGCAGAAGGUUAA